AUGAGCCGGUAUUUCCCCGCUCAAACGAUUGUCCGAGACAUUGAAUCUCUUGAGGAACUUGUUGUUCAAAACCUCCAUAGGAAUCCCGCCACUCAAUCCGUUCCCCGACAAAAGAAUAGUGUUGAGCCUAUAUGGAUUCCCGAGCGAUUUCGGUAUUUCACCGACGAGCUCGUUUUUCUCCAUCUCGAGCCUCGUCAAAUAAAGCAACUUGCCGAGCUAUCUACGAAUUCCAUGGCGGGCUUGUUUCCGAUGUCGUUGUCGACGGCCCCACUAAACAUGUUGUUAGAAAGGUCGAUCGAGUUGUAUAAUCCGAAAGGGAAAGAGAUUGGUUUUUCGAAAAACGCGUUUAAAUUUCCCGAGAGGUUGUUCGAGUGGAGAUCGAGGUCGGCUAUGCGGACGAGGUUCUUGAAUUCGACUGGAACAGAGGAGUUGAAACUAUUGUUGGACAAAUUUAGAAAGGAAAGCUUUGUCAGGUUUCCAAUCCAUGAAGGUAGUGUCCCUUUAAGGGAAUUACUCGACAAAUCAAGAACCGAUAGAGAAGAAAACGAAGACAGGCUGUUGGGCAGUUCCCCCUCGAGCCCUGUGCUCGCGAGCAACAGUUGA